UCAUCCAGGACAAUGUGGCCUCAAGGGGUCAUCUUUGUGGUCUUUCCCCAGCUGGGGCCCAUCCUGAUCUGGCUGUUCGCUGGUCAUCAGACAUCAGGCUGGUGUAAGGACCCAAAGAAGCUGCCCUGGUGCCCUCUCCACAAGGUCUUGCUACUUGUGUGGACAGCCAUCUACUCUGUCAUGGGCUAUGCCUCCUACCUGGUGUGGAAGGACCUGGGAGGGGGCUUCAGGCGACCCCUAGCAUUGCCCCUUGGCCUCUAUGCAGUGCAGCUCACCAUCAGCUGGACUAUACUGGUCCUCCUCUUUGCAGCCCACACUUAUGGCUUGGCCCUGCUGCACCUGCUGCUGCUCUACGGGCUGGUGGUGAGCAUGGCACUGAUCUGGCAGCCCAUCAACAAGCUGGCUGCCCUGCUCCUGCUGCCCUACCUGGCCUGGCUCAUAGUGACCGCUUCUAUCACCUACCACCUGUGGAGGGACAGCCUCUGCCCAGACCACCAGCCUCAGCCCACGGGGCACUAG